AUGGUUUCUACAUCUUCAUUGCCAACACUUUUAGAUGCAGAGCUGACAGUUUUGCAUAUUGAGUGUCUUCCUAAGGACAUUCUUGUGAAAUUUCAAGGCAAAAAUAAUAGUGAGUGUCAGUUCGACUAUCACAUAUUGCAGAGGGAAAUACAGUAUAUCCCCAAAGUGAAGAAUAAUGUGGGCAUUGACGAGUUUUGCCUGGUGGAGGAAAGAGAGUCUGGAGAAAGGCAGAGAGGAAAAGUCCUGGGAAAGAGGAAUGAAGUCUAUACGGUGCUGCUCAUUGAUCAGGGAGACAAAUUGACAGUCAAUAGUACUCGAGUAGCUUCUGCUUGCAAAAAAAUAUUUGAGCUCCCGCCCAGAGUCAUAUUCGGCAUUUUUGCUAACAUACUCCCAGUUGGAGAGAGAUGGUCUCCCAAAGCUUUGAAUUAUUUUAAGUCACUAGAAGGAAUACAGAUGAAAGGCAAUAUGCAAACUAUUUUACCUCUUGAAAUGAUUCUUCUUGAGGCACCCAAAGUUAUAUCUGGGGUUCUUGAGUUACAAUUAGGAAGAUUUAUUGACAGGGAUACGUUUCGUCUUGUUGUGGAAAUAUUAAAGGAAAUCCCACAGCCAAUGCCAGACUUACUACAACAUCAAAGUCCCGAGUUGCCAUCAAGUGGCAAGAGCACUUCACUUGAUAUUCAAUAUGUCCUAGAUAAUUUCCAGCCUUCUUUACCAGUGGGGAGUUUGGACAGCAUCAAAGUGUCAUCUGCACUGAGCCCCAGUAAAUUUUAUUGUCAAUUACUUAAGCAUAUUCCAGAGCUAGAAGACCUGACAGAGUGUAUGAAUUUGCAUUACAACACAGGAGGUGAAGAAACUAACUCCCCCCCCCCCGCCCCCCGCAAUUUUGGAUGCCUGUGUUUUGCUAAAGGGACAAACGGGCAGUGGCAAAGAGGAAUUCUCCAGCAGGUCUUGCCGGAUAAUCAAAUGAAAAUUUGGUUCAUGGAUUAUGGUGGCAGUGAGUCUGUACCCUCCAUCUAUGUGAAGAAACUGAAGUAGGGUUUUAAUUUUGCACCGUCAUUCUCAUUUCCAUGCGCUCUGACAUAUUUACACAGUCCAGACCAAGAAGUAAGGCAACAACAACUGACUGUAUUUAAGCAAGCCCUUUUGGGACAUGUAGUGCAUGCUUGCAUUUACUGGUUCAGUGAGGAUGAAGGUCUGUAUUAUGUGACUUUACAGUAUCAAGAAUCUGCAGCUAAUUCUAAGUGUCUGCCGAGGAUGUGGGGCACGAAGAUACCUUGUCCUGUAUCUGAGUCCGACAUGUCCAGUGCCUUGAAUGAUGUGGGCGCUUAUGGGACAGACAGCUUUGUGGUUAAUGUUGAGCAGUCAGUAGGUGGACUAAUGAAACAUGACUUAAAAGCAGCUUUUCCUAUUAAAGCUGUAAAAAUGGAGGUCCAAUUCUACAUAGCGUUUGUAGUGAAUGUAUCGAACCCAUCUAAUUUUUGGGUACGCAUUAAUAAAUACCAGAGGAAAUCUCAAGACUUAAUGAGAGCUAUAAAUAAGUUUUAUAAUGCACCUGAAAACAAUGAACUAACUCUGAGAUGCCCUGGACCUGGACUAUUGUGUUGUGUCAGAUAUAGCAAGGAUAGAUGUUUCUACCGAGCCAUCAUCACUGAAAUGAAUGACUAUCAGAUUAAUGUUUACCUCCUGGACUAUGGAAGUACUGAUUCUAUACCACUUUUUGAUGUAAAAAUUUUGCUUCCAGAAUUUUGUGAGUUGCCUCCGUUAGCCGUGCACUGUUCACUGGCACAUCCAGUGACAGAUGUGUGGAUAAAGGCAGCAAUAGACUAUUUUAAAAAAAUCGUUUUGAACAAAGCAAUUUUGCUUCAAGUUAUAGCAAAAAGAGAUGACAAGUACAUGGUGAAUAUUCAGAAUGGUGAAGCUCCUGAGAAUACUGAUGUUGUCUCUCUGAUGCUACAAGCUGGAUAUGCAGAACCUGUGGCGGUAACAUCGGGUUUCCACAAAUCUGUAAGAGACAGUGUAGUGUUAAAGCUAAAUACACUUCAUGAGAAAAGUGUUGUGACCUCUGUCCCUGUCAAAAGACCUGAGCCUGAGAGGUAUCAUUCCAAUAAGCUGAAAGAAAAUAUCUCAUCUUUGUGCAGGUUCCUGUAUUUAAAAGUUUCUUUCAACUUGGUUUUCGAGCCCAACUCAUCACUAUGUUAUAAGCAAUAUGUGUUCAAACCAGGAAAACUUGUCAAAGUCAAUUGCUCCUACUGUCAUGGCCCUGGUGACUUUUCAUGCCAGCUUCAGUGUAAGUUAGAAGAUUUAAAGCUACUGAUGGAACAAAUUCAAGAUUAUUAUAGCAUCCACCCAGAGCCAUAUCAGACUGGAAAGGUAGCUUGUGUUGCUAAGCAUUCCAGAGAUGGGAAGUGGUACAGGGCUGCCAUCUUGACUCAAUCAUCAGAACAAGAAGUUGAACUAAUAUUUGUUGACUAUGGCAAUCAAGAGCGAGUGUUCAUUAAAGACCUUUGUGCUAUCAACCCACAUUUUCUUGCUUUAGAAGCCCAGGCUUUCAGAUGCUGUCUCAACUAUUUAGUUGAGCCCAUUACCUGUAAACUAUUAGACUGGACAGCAGAAGCAUCCAGAGACUUUGGAAAUUUCAUUUCUUCAUGUGGAGGCUUACUUACCUGUAUCAUGUAUGCCUUAGUCCUCAUACACCCUAGAUGCUUAUGUAAUUUAGUGGAUUUACAUUCACCACUUGCCAGUGCAAAUGAAUUUCUCCUUCACCAUGGCUCCACUGACCACAGCAUAUUAUCAAGGCCAUUCCCAUUUUCAAUUAGUCUUUACAGUUACUACUACUCUUCUUUUGACAUAAAGAUUGGAAGUGAAGAUGUAUACAUAUCUCAUGUAUAUAGUCCUAAAAGGUUCUAUUGCCAGCUUUGUAGAAACAGCAAAGAUUUAGAGAUGUUGGAGACAAGAAUCACAGAGAUGAUUAACCUCAAAAUGUGUCCAAAAUACGACUGGAACAGGUGCAUGUCUAAGUACAUACAGGAUGGGGUCUCAUAUAGAGCCUCGGUGAAGCCAACAGCAUCGUCAUCUGACGUUUGUGUUUAUUUUGUGGACUAUGGGAAUGAGCAAUUGGUCAAAGAAAAUAUGCUGUGUGCCAUUUCUGACCAGUUUCCAGAGUUGCUGUUCACACCCAUGCAAGCUAUUAAGUGUUUUCUGUCAGAUCUUAGAGAUAUCCAUAUUCCAGAAGAAAUCAAUAGAUGGUUUGAAGACAAUUUCUUAGGGAAACCAUUAAAAGCUGUAAUACUGUCUAGGGAAUCAGAUGGGCAGCUUGGUAUAGACUUAUAUGAUGGGUAUCAACAUAUAAAUCAGACAAUAAAAUUGCUACGUAAUGCUUAUGGAAAAAAACAUUCUAAACAAGCCUGAUAUGUGGGAAAGAAUCAGAGGUUAAAUCAGGUAUCCGCUGCUUCUUUGAAAGAAAACACAGAAAGCACCCGUUGCCACAAUGCAAUAAAUAAAACUAGCCUAGCAACACAUUCUGCAAACAAAACAGAUCGAUUGAUGCAUCCCCAACGCAUUUACAGCAGGAGUUUGAAAUCAUCAGAUUGUUGUAAAAUUGAACCAAUGCCAAAACCCAAGAAGUUCUCAAAGGAUAGACUUAAAAAUAUAAAAUUUGCCCCCGGGUCUGCACAUAUUCCUGAAGACAGUGACAUGGGCCCUAACUCAGAAGAGAGGGUAUCAAAAUUAUUUACCAAAAAUUUAAAUCAAUCAGCAUCUCGAAGCCUUCAAAUCCUUAUUAGACCUCUGAUCACAAAAAUUCCUCAACCCCGAGUUGACUUGAGUACCCAGGUUAAGGGGUCUGCAUCUGCUAUCCAUCACUCAACCAAUUUUCAUAUGGCAUGGUCCUUUGAAGUGGAAGUUCUUGGGAACUUCUGGCUGGGAAUUGGUUCUUUUCUUCAUAGGAUAAGAUGGGAAGGGCCCAUUGAAAUACAUGAAAGCAAAAUUGCCGAUUAUUUUGCCUCAGAAGUAAUUAACAGAACAUUUUUUUUUUGUAAAUUUUGGAAGACAUAUGACCAACAUUGGGAAGUAAAUAUAUCUUGUGGUGAUAAAUGUGUCACCAAGAAAUUGCUGAGGUGGGCACCAUGUCCUAAACGACAGAAGGCAGCACUGCAGAUGCUCUCACAAAGUUAGUACCCAGAAGCCACCAACAACGAGAAGACAGGAAGAGUAAAUAUGUGUGGAGGUUCCAUGAUCUUUCACCCAGUCUCCCAACAGCUGGGUGAAAUUCCUUUUGAACUAUUGAGACAUGGACAGCUCAAAAAAAGCAAAAUGAUUUAUAUUUCAGAGACUGGGGGAUUUCAUGUGACGUUACCAAAAAGUCAGAAAACAUCAGAUUUAGCAGUAUUAAUUACUACAGAAGAUAAAAGUUUUCAAGAGGGGUUAAAAUUCUUGGCAGCAUCUAAAAGAAAUUUAAUGCAGUACCAGUCCAAACCAGUCGAGCAGUGGAUGGAUGAGAAAGCGCUUGCUUUUUUAAUAGAUCACAGACAGUGUGCAGUAAAUAAUACCACACAUAAUGCCAAAGUACCUAGUAGUGAGAUCAUGAGUAGUCAGCAAGCGGUGCCUUGUAAAUGGACUUGGUUUAUGCAUUCUACCCUUGAGUUCAUUGUGUGUUUAUUUGCUCAUUUGAAAAUGAGCAUCCUUUCUCUGAAAUAUUUAGACUACGCUUGGGAAGUGGACAUUUUGGUAGAUGGCAUGUUGCUUUUGGGGUAUUUAAAUGUAACUUCAUCUCAAGUGGAAGAACAGAGAACACCACGAUCUUUAGGUACUGUCUUUGGUCUGGAGCCCCAUACACUUUUGUCACCAUGUACAAUCCGGCCAUUUGUUUGGGCGCCACUCUAAAAUGGUAAACGAUAUUCCAGCAUCGCUGUCCACGACCCCUCAGACUUCUAUGUGCAGUUAGAGGAUUUCUUUGAUAUAAUGAAGUGCCUCUUUACCUUACUUUCAGAUAUACCAGAGCCAUAUCGAGCACUGCCUCCGGAACACGUGAUUCCUGGUUCUAGUUGCUUAUUCAAAAGUGAGUCAGAAGAUCAGUAGAGCAGAGUAGAAAUUUCUGAAGUUUCGGAUCAAUCUUUACAUCUCGUUUUGAUUGACUAUGGACUUUUUGUUUGUGUACCUUAUUCAGAAGCAAUGAAUCUUAAAUCUGUACCUCAGAAAAUUAUGAACUUGCCAAGGCUGAGCUAUCCAUGUAGCCUCUAUGGUGUCUUGCCUGCUACAGGGAAACUAUGGGAUAAUGAAGUGAGACAGUUUUUUCAAAAUUUCCUAAGCAAACCAGGAUUAGUUUUUCAGUUCAGGGAGUAUGGUCCUGGAGCAGUAUCAGAAGUGGAUGUCAUUCGUGAGAACAACAGUGUAGCAGAUAUGCUAGUGGCUUCUGGUCUUGCCGUGCAUCCUAAGGAUUCAGCUCAUCCGGACUGAAUUACUGCUCCUGGAGUUCCCAGCCCACACAAAUCUAAAGGUCCUGCCUCGGUCUAUGCUGCCCAGCCAUUGGCCAUUGGCUCUUUAUUGAAUGAUCCAAAACCAAUCGGAGACUUCGAUCUUCAGCGUUUGGACAAGCAGAUUCCGGAUUUUGGGGACCAGAUUAACUCAAAGCCUUAG